AUGCCGUUGAAUGAAUCUCAACAGGUGAGUCUGGGAGGAUCUGGAUCUGAUAGAGAGCUUCCAGCACCAAUUUCAAUGCUAUGCUCUCAAUUUCCACCACAUUCGAUGGCACCUGGGAUAGAAAAUAUUAAUAGCAAGGAUGAUGGGGAGGAUGACAAAGAAGUGAAUGCCUCUCGUAAUAGAGCUAAGGUGAUGUGGUCAACCGCUGAGGAGAAGUGUCUUGCAAGAGCUUGGGGAACUAUUACCAAUGACCCAAAAGUUGGUAAUGCACAAAAGAAUAAGUAUUUUUGGCAACGUAUCACCAUGUACUACAAUGAUAAUCGCCCUACGAGAUGGUACAAUAAUUUCUUCAACAAUCGGGCUAGAGGUGAAAGUUGUGCUGAUGUUUUAGCCACUACACAUGAUGUGUGGAAAAAGAUACACAAGAAUAAGGCUUUCAAGUAUGAACACGUAUGGAAGAUUAUAACAGAGUGCGAGAAAUGGACUCCCCAAUCUCUUGGUCGUCAUGCUAACAAGAAGGCAAGGACUUCCGAAUCAGGAGCACAUACUUCUUCAACCAAUCCGGAUAUUGAUGGUGACUCUGAAAUUCGCUCACGUCCAAUAUGGCAACAGAAGGCGAAAAGAAAGAAUAAAGCCAGAGUUACAGAAGACGAAGACUUCAGCAUGAAAUGGGAACAAAUGCAACAAUAUCCAAAGGAAAAAUUGGCGUUUAAGGAACUCGAGCUAAAGCAAAAGGAUUACGAUAUGAUAUGA